GUAUCGAUUCAAAAGGCCUCUGGGCGACACCCUCGCGCGUUUCACGGUCGAACUUCACUGCUUCACCGGCAAACUAGUGAGUAGUACACGCGCACGCGACGCAGAUUUCAACUCGAAACGUUUAGUUUCUCCUUCCUCACCUCUCUUAUUUAGCCCUUUUCGUUCGUAUUUGAAAUCCUUACUUUAAACUUAACUUAACACCUUUGCGUGCAAAUUUCGAAGAGAAAAAAAACGAGAGAGGAAUAGGAAUGAUAGAAAAUUGAUUGAUCAAAAAAAGGACAAAUUAAAUCAACUCGUUUGAUAAAAGAAAACUUGAAAGGGCGACGAAACGAAAAAGAAAAAGUAAUUAUCCAAUUCUACGAUAAAGUAUUCGACUUAGCGAGAAAAUAUUUGACGAAAAGAAACGUAAGAAAGACAAAAAGGGAAUAAAACGAAUCGGAAGAUUUUCGUCGAAGAAAUAAAGUCAACGUAAUCCAUCAAAAUUACCGGCCGCGGCGGUUGCGCCAAAUAUUGUGGUACAGCUCCAUCACCCGGCAACAUUUCAUUCUCCAGCUUACGUCAAUCCUUUACUUCCAAUGUCAACUACCUGAAACGGAGAGAGUCUGGCGCGAGCGAGCGUCACAUGUGUCCGGUCGAAAGAUUAAAAGAAGUCCGCUUGUCUUCCAGGUUCUCGUCAGGAGAUUUGAGCUCGGAGCUCGACGAUGAACCGAAUACGGAAUCCGGGCUGGCCUCCGUGGCGCGGCAGGACUCGUCCCUGCCGUAUCAGGCGGUCCCAGAUCGACCACUUCAAUCUCAACCUGCACCUAUACCACCAACUAAUCAACCACCGAUCCCAGGUGCACCGCCAACUGGACCACCCCAACCGAUUGGCGGUGAUCUCAGCUUAAACUUAAGACCGGGAUCUAGGACCACCAGCGCACCUUCCUCACCAGCCAAAAGCCGUGAAAGUCUGUUGCAGAGAGUCCAAAGUCUAACAGGAGCUGCCAGAGAUCAGGGCGCAUCCAUUUUGGGAGCAGCCGUUUCGGGCGCCACUAGGGGACCCUCCUACAGCAAGGAUCGAUGCUUCACUCUCCUAGUGAUAGACGAUCAGAAUACCGAUUGGAGCAAAUAUUUUCGUGGUAGAAGACUUCACGGGGAUUAUGAGAUUCGCGUGGAACAAGCGGAAUUCCGAGAAUUGUCUUUGACAGCAAGCGAAGCUGGUAGCACAGUUUCCAUGGCAGUUUAUCGUAACGGAACUAAAGUCAUCAGAUCUUUCAAGCCGGAUUUCGUGCUGAUUCGUCAAAAUUUGCGUGAUGCUGGCGAAGACAACAAGAAUCUUCUUCUUGGCCUGAUGUACGGUGGCAUACCAAGUGUUAACAAUCUUACAGCUAUUUACAACUUCCAGGACAAGCCAUGGGUAUUCGCUCAUUUAUUGGGUCUUCAACGUCGUUUGGGCAAAGACAAUUUUCCUCUGAUCGAGCAAACCUUCUACCCUAAUCAUCGUGAAAUGGUAAGCGCACCGCGAUUCCCCGUAGUUGUGAAAUUAGGACAUGCUCAUGGAGGUAUUGGGAAGGCUCGAGCUGAAACAAAUCAAGAUUUCUUGGAUCUCGCAUCUUUGGCAGCAUUGGCGAAUACUUAUAUCACCGCUGAGCCAUACGUUGACACCAAAUUUGACGUACACGUGCAGAAAAUAGGAAACAAUUACAAGGCCUUCCUACGAAAAAGCAUAACUGGAAAUUGGAAAUCAAACACGGGUUCGGCGAUGUUGGAACAAGUACCGGUUAGCGAACGACAUCGUGUUUGGAUUGACAACGUAUGCCAACUUUUUGGUGGCUUGGAUAUUUGCGCGAUCGAACUUCUCGUUGGUAAAGAUGGCCGAGAACACAUAAUAGAAGUUAACGAUAGCGCUUUAUCAUUGAUGGGAGAUUCUCAGGAAGAAGAUCGUCGUCAUAUAGCCGAUUUGGUUACCGCUAAGAUGCAAGCUUGUUGCCGACCACCCAGCGUUUUAACGAAAACAGCCUCGAGGGGUUCCAUGUCCGGUUCGAGCCAAGCUACGAGUCCUGUUGAAGAAUCACGUACGGCACCACCGCCAAUAGCACCACCACCUGCACCUUUAGGAUCUCAUGGAAGUAUGAGCUCGAUGGCAAGCAUAGGUAGCUUAGGUUCUACUACGGCCUUGGCAGGCGACGUUACUACUUCGGAUACUCAUCAUCAACUUCAACGUCGUGAUUCUCAAGCAUCCCAAUCUAGCACGGUCAGCAGUGCACCAUCGGUCGGUCGAAGAUCAGAUGAACCACCGACAAUACCAUCAAGAGUACCUUUCCAUCGUCAAGGUAGUCAGUCUCAGACACAAGGUGAAGAUACCGAAGAUACGAUGAAAAAUCUUCGAAAAACGUUCGCUGGUAUAUUCGGUGAUAUGUAAUUCGUUUAAUCGGCUGAUUAAUAAUACCCAAGAAAUAUAGUAUCAUCAAGAAUAAUCUGAUUAGAAAUCAAGAGAUAAACGCUAGUUCAAGUCUGACAAAAUAUAUCGUCUUGUUUAAGGGAAGUUUUAUUUUAGCAGUUUAACGAUUUAAAAAAGAAAAAAAAGAAAAAGUUAAUAUUUCAAGCGACUCAAGGAUUUCCAAAAGUAUUUCCUAUCGUAGCCUCGCAUCGAUGUGUAAAUAUCUAUAUAUUUGCAGAUAUUUGUUCAUUUUUAUCUCUGUACACAAUUAAGACGCGGUUUCUAGAUAAGAAGGUUUUUUCGAUCUUGAAAAAAAAAAAAAGAAAAGAAAAAAAAAA